CCCCAUCAGAGGAAAUAUUACAAUGUUGCAAGCUGACGUAAGGACAUUACAAGGAAAGGGCUACAUUUCGGAGUGUUUAUGAAAAGCUUCGGUACUGUACUGUCACCAGGGGGCAUGCAAUAGAAUGCAUUUCGUUCAACAUUUGGGAUAAUGAUCAUUUAGAAACCACUACGACCAAAACAAAAAGAAAAGCAAGAAAACGAAAAAAAGAGCGAGCGGGCGAGCUUCCAGUGAGCUUUGGAACCGGCGCCAGGCAGAGGAGCCAUGCAGCCAAACUUUCGGGAACCCUUGGUUAUUUUUUCUGACAUUGCAGCUCGCCCUUGAGGAUCGCUUACUGGAUUCUCCGGAUUUUGUUUUGCUUCUUUUUUUCCCCCUCCCUCCACCUCUCCCCGCCGUCUCCAGGCCCGGUUGAUUCGCUUGCCCGUGGCGGCAAAGGAGGAGAGAAUCGAGCGAGCUCCCCAACAGCGAGGAAGCCGCAGCAAAACGCCCUGCCUGCGUGCUUCUUUCCGCUGCCUGGCUGGCUGGCUGGCUGGGCUGGCUGACUCUCCCGCACGGCUCGCUUGCCUUGGGAUCCAGUGUUGUUUUGAAGGGAGCUAACAUGGCGACGGUGCCCGUCUAUUGCAUCUGUAGGCUGCCCUACGACGUAACCCGCUUCAUGAUCGAGUGCGACGCCUGCAAGGACUGGUUUCACGGCAGCUGUGUUGGUGUAGAAGAAGAUGAGGCACCAGAUAUUGAUAUUUACCACUGUCCAAACUGUGAGAAAACCCAUGGAAAAUCUACUUUAAAAAAGAAAAGAAAUUGGCACAAACAUGACACUGGUCAAGCAACAGAAGUAAAGCCUGUCCAGAAUGGCAGUCAAGUGUUUAUCAAAGAACUUCGAAGUCGUACAUUCCCCAGUGCUGAAGACGUGGUAAUAAAAGUGACUGGAAGCCAACUAACAGUUGAAUAUUUGGAAGAAAACGGAUUCACAGAGCCUAUUCUCAUCCCGAAGAAGGAUGGCUUGGGCCUGUCAGUACCUGCACCAACGUUUUAUGUCAGCGAUGUUGAAAACUAUGUUGGACCAGAAAGGAGUGUGGAUGUUACAGAUGUCACUAAACAGAAGGACUGCAGGAUGAAACUAAAAGAAUUUGUUGAUUACUAUUAUAGCACAAAUCGAAAAAGAGUCCUCAAUGUAACUAACUUGGAGUUUUCAGAUACAAGAAUGUCCAGUUUUGUAGAAUCUCCUGAAAUAGUGAAGAAGCUCUCUUGGGUGGAAAACUAUUGGCCUGAUGAUGCUCUGCUGGCAAAACCAAAAGUGACCAAAUACUGUCUUAUUUGUGUGAAGGACAGCUACACAGAUUUUCAUAUUGACUCUGGUGGAGCCUCUGCCUGGUAUCACAUCUUAAAAGGAGAAAAAAUAUUUUAUCUCAUCAAACCAACCUCUGCAAAUAUCUCCCUUUAUGAGCGUUGGCAGUCAGCAGCAAAUCACAGUGAGAUGUUUUUUGCUGAUCAAGUGGAUAAAUGUUACAAAUGCACAGUUAAACAAGGACAAACACUCUUCAUUCCAUCAGGAUGGAUUUAUGCAACUUUAACACCUGUUGAUUGCCUGGCCUUUGCAGGACAUUUUCUACAUAGUUUAACUGUUGAGAUGCAGAUGAGAGCAUAUGAAGUUGAAAGACGAUUAAAAAUUGUCAGCUUAACCCAGUUUCCCAAUUUUGAAACAGCAUGUUGGUACACAGGAAGACAUCUGCUGGAAUCCUUUAAAGGAUUACACAAAGCUGGAAAGCAGCCUCCUUCCCAUUUAGUCCAGGGAGCCAAAAUCCUAAAUGGUGCUUUCAGGUCUUGGACUAAAAAGCAGGCUUUAGUGGACCAUGAAGAUGAACUCCCAGAACAUUUUAAGCCAGCACAACUGAUUAAGGACCUUGCCAAAGAAAUAAGAUUAAGUGAAAAUGCUUUGAAAGUCAACAAACCUGAAGUGGGUGUUAAUGUGAACGUUGUGGAAAUCACCCCUGCGGAGAAAGAAGAAAUACCAUCACCUCCACCACAAACGCCUCCACCACCUCCUGCGCCACCAUCGCCGCCUCCACAACCACCACCACCACCACCAUCUCCUCCUCCUCCACCACCAACUGCUGAAAAAGUCCCUAAGAAAAAGACCCCCAAAGCAAUAAAAGCACUGAAACCCACCAAACUAUCUAAACCUCCCAAGCCACCUAAGCCUCCCAAGCCCCCUAAACCCCCCAAGCCCCCCAAAACCCCAAAAGUAAAGGGGGAAGGGAAGAAAAAAGGCAAAAAAGUUAAAGAACCACCUCAACCUGCCAUUCCAAAUUUAGACCUUCUUGAGGCCCACACAAAAGAGGCCCUAACUAAGAUUGAAACACCAAAGAAGGGAAAGGCUGCCAAGAAUGCUUUGAGCACCCCUAAUAAAGAACCCAUUGAUAAACAAAAUGAAGUGGAAAAGUUUGAGAUUCGGGAGCAGAAUAAAUCCAAAACAGAAGCAAAAUGGAAAUAUAAGAACAGUAAACCUGAUUCAUUACUGAAAAUGGAAGAGGAGCACAAACUGGAAAAGACACCACUGUCAGGAAAUAAAGACAAUAAAUUUAUGUUUUCUUUUUCCAACAAGAAAAUACUGGGAUCAAAGGGAAUGAAAACUCAGUUGAAUCCUGGUAUAUUUGGGUCACAGCAAAAUUUCAAAGAAGAUAAAGCAAAACCUGUGAAAGACGAAUAUGAAUAUGUCUCAGAUGAUGGAGAAUUGAAGAUAGAUGAAUUUCCAAUUAGAAGGAAGAAAAACACCACGAAAAGAGAUUUAUCAUUUUUAUCAGAUAAAAAAGAAACCACACAGCACACUCCAGUGAAGAAACCAAAAGUGGAAUCAGUAUUAUACAAGAGUGAUGACUCCUCUGAUGAAGAUUCUCUUCACAUUGACACCGAGGCCAAGCCAGGGCGCAAUUCUAAAGCGAAGAAAGAGACUGCAAGUUCAGCAGGCAUUCUAGAUCUUUUGCAGGCAAGCAAAGAAGUUGGGGGUUUAGAGUAUAACAGCAACAGUCAACCACCGGCAUCUCCCAGCACACAGGAAGCUAUCCAAGGGAUGUUAUCAAUGGCAAAUCUCCAGUCUUCAGACUCUUGCCUACAGCCUUCAUGGGGCACCAAUCAAGCUAAGAAUAAUUCCAUGUCUGCCCCCAAUUCCAAAAAAUCUGGAAGCAGCAAUAGCAAAAAUGCAGGCAAACGAUUGUUGAAAAAGACUGCAAAAAACAGCAUUGAUAUUGAAGAUUAUUAUGAAGACCAGGACCACUUAGAUGCCUGUUUUAAAGAUUCUGAUUAUGUUUAUCCCUCCCUUGAAUCAGAUGAAGAUAAUCCAGUGUUCAAAUCUCGAUCAAAAAAGAGGAAAAGUUCCGAUGAUGCACCUUACAGCCCCACAGCAAGAGUUGGUCCAUCAGUACCACGGCAGGACAGACCGGUCCGAGAAGGUACAAGAGUUGCUUCUAUUGAAACUGGACUGGCAGCAGCUGCUGCCAAGUUAUCUCAGCAGGAGGAGCAAAAGGGCAAGAAGAAAAAGAAUACCAAAAAGAAAUUAUCUCCCAACAAUGCCAACAAAAUCCCUCAGGAAGGCAGCUCUCCUGAACCUCAGCUGGAGUGCCAUAGCAGUAGUUUAGCAGACCAUGAGUACACAGCUGGUGCCAGCACUCUUGGGGUGGCCCAAAUGAACAGAGGCCCUCAGCCCAUGGCCCCGGGAGUUUUCCUUACACAACGGAGAGCCUCAUCAUCAUCACAGAAUAAUGCAGCUGCCAAAGGGAAACGUACAAAAAAAGGCAUGGCCACAGCUAAACAAAGGCUUGGGAAGAUUUUGAAAAUUCAUCGGAAUGGGAAACUUCUCCUUUAAAAUCCGGUUAUAAUUGGGACUAUCAGAGCUCAGCGUAUCCUGAGCUGUCACACUAGCUCUUCAACUCUUGAAGGACUCCAGUAGUAUUGCGCAACAUCUUAGGGACAAUACCAGUUAACUUUUUGCCACCACUUUAAUAAAUUCUUUUUAACUUUCAGCAGUUAAAACCUGUACAGAUACUGCUAUAAAUAUUUUUUAAUAUAGAUGUCCUUUCUCAAAUUGCUGAGAGUGACUAGUUCGCAAAAAGUUAAUACUCCAAGACACUGAGGAUCAUUCCAGUUUUAGGAAAGUAUCCCUUUAACUUGUUUAUAAGUGAGGAAAAAGCCGUUGUUUUUUAAGAGUAUGCACAUUCAUUUCCAUUACGCUUCUUUUAUCAAUGCCGAACCAAUUCUGAAGAGGUAUCUGGUUAAAAGGCAGAAUUUUAAAAAAGUUUCUCAAGCUGACUUGUAGACAAGGGGGAAAAAUUAUGCCAUGACUGAGAGAGAAUACAUGCACGAAACAAUAUGCAUAAAGAAAUAAUCUAGUUUUCUUUAUCUGGCUCAUGGUAAAUACAUUUUAUUCAGAAGAGAAGUUAAAAUUGCACUUCUGCUACAACUUGCCCUAUAACCACACCUUGAAGAACUAUGGAUGAAUUAAUUUAUUUUACGUGCAAUGCAAGAUGAUUUUUUUUAAAAAAACAUUAUGGAUUGGGUGUUGGUUUGCAUCUCUUUUCAUUGAUAAAUUUUUAACACUCCCAUUCUUUCUUAUAUAUAUUGUUUUAACUUUGGCCCCAUAGUAUAUUUCCCAUGCUCAAUGUCUUUGUUCUCAUAAUUGGAUAUCAAUGAGUGAUAGGAAUUAAAGAUCAGCAAACAGAAACAAGCCGCCUCUCCCUGCUAAAAUCUCACAAUUAUGUGUAAUUGAGUAAAACAUUACAAAUCAAUUAGUAUCUCAAAGUCAAAACUGAGAACACUGACUCUUGUCCCUCUACUUAUAUAACAUGGUUUUCAGCCUACAGGGGCUAAAGCAAAAUCAAAUUGACUAUACUAUAUCUUGGUAUGUUGUGUGAACCAGGCCAUCAUUUUAAACCGUCAUUGUUUGCUUUGGUUUCACAUGUUGUGUGAAUAGAGCCAUCGUGCUUUUGUAAAUCAUGGUUAAUGGAUUCAUGUGUUUACAUCCAGUCUGAAUUUGAUGAUUUUUUUUCUCUUUCUUUCUCUCACCUGUUGUAGCUAAAAUUUGUUUACAUGACCAUGGAAACUGGAAGUAUUUCUUCCCCUGUUCCCGUAUAUUUUUUAUUCAGCAUUGCCGUUUUGAAAUUAUUUCCCCAUUAAUUUAAUUUCAUGGUAGGGUGGAAUCAGCCAUUAAUUUGAUGAUAGCAUUGUAGCUUGUGCUUGGAUGCUCACAAUGCAAUGAUAACAUGUGAAAUUGGAGAAUAUGUAGGAAAAGAGAUGCCAGUUUCAUCCCAAGAUGAUGCUGCCAGAAUCUUUGUCCUGCAAAGUGACAAAGUGUCAGUUUUCUUUAUGCAACCUGAGUGGGUGGCAGGCAUAUCACCAUCAUCCUAUAAAAUGGCAUCCUUAGUCAAAUAUCUCUUUUCCUUAUUUUUUGGAAGGGAUUUUUAAUCUCCCUCUCGCAGUUCACACUUAAGUUCAUGAUUGAUGAUUUACCUCAUAAAUCACUUCUGUUAUCCUGAGAUGAAACAGAGGAAGACAAUGGUUCUUUUUUCACCUUCAGUUCCCUGAAUCAUGGAUUAAUCCCCAGAUCAUGUAAACAAACCAAGCAAAGAAGCUCUUGUCCUGGAACCCCAAGCACUUAUUUUCUGAUCUAUAACCAAACCCUUUCCUUGAGCUGCAUAUCAGGAGAAAAAAUUGUCCGAAAUGAAAUUAUUUUUUUUCAGAAAGGAACACACAUAAACAUUUUAGAGCUUAUGAAUCCAUUUAGUAAUAUAAUAGAUCAGCUGUUUAUAUAAACCUCAGUUGCAAGCCCUGUAAUGAGGUAGAAAGAAUGUGCAGCCCUAUCAAUGAGGUAUUCUGACAUUCAUAUCCAAGCACUUCCUUUCAGAUAUGCUUGUCUGAAGGAACAAGGUCUAUGCUCACCUAAGAGUCAGGCCAGAUGAGAGCCAAGCUUAUCGACAGUUUAACUGGAUACUUAUUGCUUCUGAACUCUCUUAGUGUUUGGUGUAGAAUGCAUUAUAUUUUACAUUAAACUAGCUUGUCUGCAUAUAAACACUUAGAGCACAAUCCUAUGCAUGUUUUCUCAGUUAUCAAACCUGUUGUGUUCCAUGGAACUUACUCUCACGUAUAGAGUACUAUGUACAGGAUUGUAGCCUUAAGGCGUUACAUUUGUUUCUCAGGCAAUUCCAGAUUUUCAUUUAUAGAUACGUGUCUGAAAGCAUAUUUUUUCAUAGAAUCUAGCCUGUAAAUAGCUUUUUAAAGUACCUUCUUUUUUAUAAGAUCAAAGUAUCUUUAGACAUUUCUUUCUAUAGAAUAGUUCAUUAACCUUUAUACAAAUUUUUUGCUGAGUAUUUUGCUGAGUAUAUUUUAGGUUCUUGACUCUGAAAGAGAUACUCUGUUUUUGUCCUCGAUUUAAUUACUUUUUCUCCCCUUUUUAAUUUUGGCAUUGCCUGAAAAACAAGUAAAACUUUGUGCAGCCUUAUACAAAAUCAAAUAAUAGUACAAAAUUAUCUAUUUAAGAUACAAUAUGAAGAAGAAUCUUCGACUUUAUAAUACCAGCUCCUUGUCUCAAUUCUUGUAUUAUGAGGGGAUACAAUUAUUUUAUUAGCACCUUGUGAAGUGUUUCUGUGUUUUGUGAUGAUGUAAUUUAUUAAUGUUUGUAGCUUUUUAUAUUUGUACAUUUCUUAUGAGCUUUGUUUAUAUACACAUUACCUGGAUGUGAUGUCCAUGAGGAAAAAAAUAAAACAGCUAUAGAAAACAACUGAGGCCUUAUUAACUGACGUUUCUAGUUAUGGUGAGGGACUGGGUCUGAAUUCUCGGCGUCAAAAAAUGUUAGUUGAAUAGGGCCCCAGAGUUAAGCAAGUUUUUUAAAGCUUCCCUAGUAUACUGUUAUUGUCAAGCAUUUAUAUAAUAUAACGCAGACAUCAUGCUGGUUUUAUUAUUAUUAUUAUUAUGUUUAUGUUUAUGUUUAUGAUUAUUAUUUUCACAACAUGUACAUUUCUAACAAAGUUUAUUGUGGCUAUCUAUUACAGUGUUUUAUUUACCAAUUCAUAUCAAAUGCUCUUGUAUCAAGUCCAUGAAAUCUAAGUAAACUUAGAUAAAAAUUUUAAAAGUAAAAUAUUUCAGGUUUUGUAUAGAA